AUGGUGAAGAAGAAGAACACCAUUGUUGCCGCCGGUGCCACAUCCAGCGGCGCCACUGUCAAGAUUACAUCUGGUGCGCCAAAAAGGGGCGCAUCGGAGAUUUCUGCCGCGGCGCCCGCGCCAGAGGUUUCUACUGCGGCGCCUGCGCCCGGCGACUGGCCUGCCUCAACAACGACCAAGCGCGACGAGAAGAAAGCUCGUAGCCUUGGUUUAAUCUCUACUGACGAGGGGGACGUCAUUCUUCCAGCUCUUCAAGAUCCUUUCGACUCUGAUCAUCAACCAAGUGAGGUCCUGUUAACUGCCGAAUGUUUCCCGAAGUUAUCGGAUGGUAACCUUGAAGAGGGUGGUUCUACUGCUCCUUCAGAAUCCUGUGCUAAAGUAAAUGAAAUGUUUGAAGAUGAAGACAAUGAUCCUGCCAAUCCUGAGCUUCGGAGAAGCGAUGAGGGCUUUAUAGAACCUCCUUCGAAGAAGGCGAAGGCGAGCCCCAGCAGGCCAACUCCCGCAGCAUCUGAAGCUUCUGCUCGAGCAGCGGCUGCGACUGCUCAACCUUCGACAGCUUCCUCCCUUCCUAAAGGGAAGGAAAAUCCUUCGCCAGCUGCUGCCGCAGUUCUUCCUUCUUCUGCAGAAAAACCUGACAUUCAGGCAGUCAUCUCUUCUUUGAAGAGUUUUGCCUCCCAAUUCUCCUCGCUUGGAGGUGACAAGAUUCGUCUCCAGGAGGAGGUUGAAUCAACUUCUUCAAAUCUUGAUACCGCAGUAAAAUUAGCUGCUGCUGCUUGCCAGAACGCAGAUUCCUUGAAAAAGGAACUUGAUCAGCGGAAGAAGAGGCUGAAGGAGGAGGAAAAGGAGAAUGCUGAAUCCGAAGCUCAAAGGAAGGAAAAGGAGGGCCUUCUACAUCGAUCUACUUUGGAUUUGCUUGGAGCUGCCGACAUUCCUGCUGGUCCUGGGGGCAAGCUCCCUGAUAAUUCUUCUGCCGAUGCUCUGUCCAUGGCCAUUGAGUCUGGUGAUCUUGUCCGUGCUCUUCUGCAGAAGAACAAGGAUGUUAUGUCAAAGCUUCAUGCCAUGAUCUUCCCAAAGGCUGAUCAAGAGAAAUCACUGGAGCAGCUGACGGAUGUUUUUGCCAUCGACACCGAGGCUACUAUCGAGCUUAUGAUGGGAUACGACUUUAAGGCUGACAUGGAGACGAUGACAAAGGAGCUGCCGAAGGAUCAAAACGGGCAAGCUAUUGACCUGAGCCUUUUCAAAGUUUCAGCACGAAAAUGUGCACUGCAGCUUCUUGGAUUCGAUUCGGCUAACAAGUCUUCUGCUGGAAAAGCUGGCCCAAUGUUGCCAGUAGCUCCUGUACCUUCCUUUGCCGAAGGUUCUUCGACUAAUGACUCUGAAAAUGAUCGGCUCCAGCGUAUGAAGACGCGUAUUCGCCAAUUGAAACAAGAUAUGCGUGGCCUCCAUGCCAUGGCUGCUAUUAUAAAGAAGAAGGGUGAACUGGCCAUUGAUGCAGAACGUUAUGCAAUGAAUGAAUUGCACAAGGCAACAGAAAGCUUGAACUUUAUAGCUCUGAAUUUAUCAGAAGAUAAGAAACGCGUGCACGAACGUGUAGAUUCUUUGAUCAGUCUAGCACGUUUUGACGAAGUCUUCUGGAAGAACCAAUCGAAGGCUGCCACAGUCGCAAAAUUUUCAAGAUCGGGUGCAACACGUGCACCGAUUCUUUGA